AUGAAGCAUUAUUGGUUGAUACUCGUAGCACUGCUCGAAUGGAAUUCCCUUGGAUGGAGCGAGCUUAUCGACUACUGUCAGAUGCCCUACUGCGGAAUGAAUAACCUAGCCUGCAACAAUCCAUCUAAAUACAGCAUAAUGUGCCCGCCAAAUGCCAGAACCAUUUCCAUGUCGAGAUACCGAAAUGCGAUACUGAAUGCCUUCAACGAGUUUCGCAACUAUACGGCCAGUGGGCAGCAGAAGUAUCUCAAGGCAGCCGCGGGCCGAAUGUCCCGGCUAAGUUACUCCAACGAUCUAGAGGAUUUGGCCCGACUGGCGGUCAUCACCUGCUCCGCCCACAAGUUCUGCCUUAGUUCGCCGGAGUUCUACUUCGUCGGAACCAAUCUGGGAUCCACCUCCUACCAGGGCAACUUGAACGACUACGAGGACCUCGAGCUGAUGCUACGAACAAUCCAGGACUGGACCAAAUACGUGGACAACAUCAAUAUGAAAAUGGCCCUUUAUAUGCCGACUACGUUGGAGAAAAGUGGCACCGCCAAGGCCUUGCUGCUGUUAGCAGACCGUAAUACCCACGUGGGCUGCUGCGUCCACUACUUCAUCUUCGUGUGCACCUUCAGUACGGAUCUUUUUGUGGAGCGGCCCGUUUACCGGAUGUCAAUUCGACCGGGAAGCGCCUGCAAGCGGCUUGAUACCACUUAUGUAGCACUCUGUGCCGUUGGGGAAAAUUACGAAAAUGAAAAGCCCUGGCCCAAUGCUGCGGUCUUCCAGUUGCCCCUUGACAUCUCCAAAGGUCGGCAAACUUAUGUGCCGGCCAAGUAGACAACGCUUUAAGUAAACUUUUAAAUUUGCCACACAAAAAUGGUUUGAGUUUUGCCACCUUUUUAAGAGUGCUGAUGGCUAGACAAAAGUACACGCCCCAGUGUAGCCAAACAAAAUCUGCGCACAGAAACAAAUAGUUAACACCCAUGGACAAAAGGACGAGGAGAAGGAGGAGGAGCAGGAGCAGCAGGAACAGACAUUUCAGGGCAGCCUCGAUAAUCACAGGACACAUUUGCAUAUAAACUCGCUUCCGGGCUGAUGUCCUUCGCAUGCAAAUGAAAACAUUAGCGAGGCACACGCGCAUCCUCAUCCGCAUCCUCAUCCGCAUCCGCAUCUGCGAGAUGCAGAUACACGGACAGCGACAGAUACAGAUACAGAUACUGCUACAGCUACAGAUACAAAUGACAUUCGUCGCU